CUGAUGUUGGUCAAAUCCAUUUUAUAGAGCUCGCAUAACUCUAGAGGUGUCCAACAUGGAAAUCGACAGACAGCUUUCUUAAAGCCGACUCCAGAAAAUUCAAUUCCAUCACCCCCACAAUAACCCUCCCCCAGGGCUUCUUCUUCCUCUAAUCUCUCCAUAAAUGGCGGCCAGAUCCACCACUUUCCGUCUUCUUCACCGUCUCUUUCACCGACAUCCACAAAACCCACCAUCAUUUGCGUCUCCUCCUUUCUCUCUUUACUCUCUCGCCUCUUUCUCUACCGCCGCUUCCCGCCGUCAACCCAAAAAAGUCGACAUCGGAGCUCGAGCAAGGCAGCUUCAAACUCGCCGAUUAUGGACUUACGCUCUUACUUUUUCUGGUGUCGCUGGUUUCGUCAUCUUGGUGCUCAACAAUUUUCAAGAUCAACUUGUUUUUUAUGUUACUCCUUCUGAAGCAUUAGAUAAAUUUCAUGCGAAUCCUUCCAAAAAUAAGUUUCGAUUAGGUGGAUUGGUUCUUGAAGGUAGCGUUCAUCAAUCUCCUUCGUCUCCUGAUACGGAAUUCGUUGUCACUGAUCUUAUCACCGAUGUUCUCGUUAGGUAUCAAGGAUCAUUGCCUGAUUUGUUUAGAGAAGGUCACUCAGUGGUUGUAGAAGGAUUUGUGAAGCCUUUUACGGAUGAAAUUAAGGCAUCAACAGGGAGUGCAAAGUGCAAGGAGGUGACAGCAAAGGCAAGAAGUGGGGAGUGUUACUUCUCUGCCACGGAAGUUUUGGCCAAGCAUGAUGAGAAAUACAUGCCUGGAGAAGUGGCUGCUGCUAUUGAGAAGAACAAGAAAAAGAUCGAUGAGGAGGCUGAGGCAAAAAAGACUGCUACUGUAUGAAAUUCAUUGUACGAUUAUGAAGCUAACUAGCUUUGAUGAUUUUUUUUUUCUCCGCUUUCAAUAAUACAAAUUGAAUGUAUUCAGUUGAGUAAGAAAAUAGUAGAUUCUAUAAGUUUGCAUAGUUUGGAGAAGAGGACGGGAUGAUAUACAACAAUUUUGAAGAAUAGAGUUUUGAUUCAUGACUUGUAUCUAUCAUUUAACAUUGAUUUUCACCCUGGGAUGAUGGGGAUUGUUUAUACUCGUGAUAUUAAUGAAUAUAUGUAGUUCAUUAUUGCUUAUUUUGCAAUUCUUUUGGA